UUUUGUUGACAUUUCUCUCCGAACCGAAUUCCGAAGGGCUUCGCCUAUUUGAAAAAAUCCAUAAUUUAAUUUUAAAUUUAAUUAACAAUCCAUCAGCGGGUCCAAACUUUAUUUAAAUCCAAUCUCAAUGGCUACUCUAGAAGAUAAAUUAUUGGGUGAGAAGCUGGAAUACUACUGCAGUAGCAGUGAAGGUGAAGAUAACGAUGACGACGAUAGUGGUGAUAAACCAUCCAAAGGUGGAGCUCCCAGCUCGCUAUCAUUAGAUCAAGCACCGCCUGCACUCUCGCAAAAUAUGACCCAUCGUGCAGCUACAAACACUGGCCCAAAGGGUGUAGUUCAAGAUUGGCAAAUCUACAAGCAAUUGGAAGCUCAGAAGCGAGAAGAAAACGAGAAGCAACGAUUGGAGUUGAUGAAGAAACUAAGCCUUUCCGCAGCUACCUCAGCCGAAGAUGAAGCUCGUAAGCGAGAGGAAGAACUGGAAGCUGAAAUGGCCGAGCUUAUGAGUGAGGAUUUCCUUCAACAAUUCCAAAAGAAACGAAUGGCCGAAAUGAUGCAGCAAUGUGGUCACUUGCAGAAAUUCGGAAAAGUGCUCCAUCUAACAUCCCAUGAAGAGUUCCUCAAUGCCGUCGAGAAGGAAAAUAAACACAUUACAAUUAUAAUCCACAUCUACGAUCGUACUCUACCUGCUUGUGCCACACUCAACAAAUGCCUUGACACUCUGGCUGCCGACUAUCAGGUGAUUAAGUUUGCAAAGAUUUGCAGCUCGGUUGCCGGCAUGAGUCGUGACUUUAGGGCAAAAGGACUCCCGGCUCUCCUGGUUUACAAAGCAAAUAGUCUAAUUGGAAAUUUUGUGCGCGUCACAGACGAUUUGAGUGAUGACUUUUUCCCGUCCGAUUUAGAGAGCUUCCUAAUUGAAAACGGUAUGAUUGUCGAUAGGAAUCUUUACAAUUGAUUCACAGCUUCUCAAAUAAAGGAAAAACAACUCCGUUUGGACUACUGACAAAGGCGUCAAAUCAAAUUCUCGAUUUACUUACUUAUAUAUUUUAUUUUUAUUUUUUGUUCUAGGUAUUAAGGUUGUAGUAUUAAAAAUAAUACAUAUAUAUAUAGAAAAGGCUACAUGUAUCGUGUGUAGCUGCAUUUUCAUUUUUCAAGAAAAUAUACAAUUUACUAAUAUACACAAAAUUAAAAGCAUGAACAGGACAUGCUUAUGCGUAUUAUCGUCAUAAUUUAUUAUACACGAACUAAAAUUCAAAUAAAGGAAUAAAAUUGCUCAAAGGCAAUAACCGAU